ACUAUAUAAUUUAUGUAUGUAUGUAUGUAACUACCCGCACAAUAAGAUGACGAUACAUUAAUAAGUAAGAUUCUGUGAAAAGCGAUUGAGAUAAAAUGUAACGAUUUUGAUACGUGGGCGUUGGGUUCGAUUAGAAAAUCGCAUAAAGCUUCAAUAGACGCUUUGGUUGAAAUUUUAAGCGCUCGUGGUGUUUACCACAGCAAAUUAGCGUCGAGAUAUUACGAAGGUUGCGGUGGUUCAAUGUCAGCUAAUUGAAUUACAUACAUACAUACGUAUAUCGUUGCGACCGACAAAAGCCUAUUCACUGCCACUGUAUGGCUUCCUUGUAAUUUUGUGCGCAGCAGCAUUAUCGAACAAUACCCGUAUUUAUGCAUGUGUGUUGGGGAAAUAGCGCUGCGCCUAAUUUUAUAGAAACUGAAGAAUUAUUUACACAAUAAACGACCACCAGCCAGCGAGGUUCUACUACACUUGCUCAAAGUGUUUUUGUUAAGAAAUAUUUGGUUUGAAAUUAGUUGGUGGAUAAAAUGGAAUAUAUUUUCGAUUGUUUCUUCGAAAAUACUUUCGACAAAAUCACACGCAAUGGCUUGCAGGAUCGCUCAUCGCGGCGAGAUGUAUUGGAUCACUUGAAUGCUUUUAUUGGCGGUUGCAGUGAUGGUCAAAACAUGCACACAGAGGAGGUGGCAAAAUUUGCUGUAUUGGCUGCUGUGCGCUAUCACCGCGAAAAAAAGGACGGGAAUGGUGAUGUCUGCCUUAUGGGAAAAUUUCAUAAUAUUCUAUACAUUGCGCUGCGCACUUGCUGGGAUUGGGGUGUACGAGAUUCAGCUGUUGUGGUUUUGUUAUUGGAGGAAAUAUAUUCAUGCGAAAAAACUUUUGAACGCAUCUUUUUAGGCGCUUUAUUCGGGCCACAUGCACCACACUUUAUAGCCGGCUGGCGCAGUGACUUUCGUGAUCAGGAUGAAAACACGCGAGCCAUGGUUUACUUUUUGCAUCAUGCCACAUCACUCAGCAUGCAACUGCCUGUGUGGAUCGCACGCUUCGAGCAGGAACGCAUGAUAAAAUUCAUUGACAUUCCCAUCGAGUCGUGCGGCCGCUCAUCACCAUUACGUGUUGCCUUACAGGCGAGUGCGCCUGACCUGCUACUAAUUUUAUUAAGAUAUGGCGCCCAUCCACAUCCACCAGAUGGUGGUGCCUCCGUCGUCCAUGCAUUGCUUGAAAAACUCAUAGAGAACGGCCGUAAUUACGUUUUACAAAAUGUGUCGUGCUUGCAAAUUCUACUACGCAACAUACCAAUGAUCGAAAUGCCAUACAAGCCAAUUAUCUACAGUGCCCGCCGUGAGCUGUUUUUCGAGAAAUAUGGCCGCCUCUUAAUUGAUCAUAUCAUCACCAAGGAACAGGUGUAUGGUGUUGUAUCCUUGCGGCAUUUGUGUCGAUGCCGCAUACGUGACUUACUGCGCCAAAAUUGCCAACUACCCGGCGGCAUCGAUACUUUGCGGCUGCCACGACGCCUACAGCGCUAUAUCGACCUUAUGGAAGAGCUCGAAGGGCCACAGAAAGAGAACGAUGCCGAAAAUAAUGCAGCGUUAGAAAAGCUACAAGCCUAUUGUGGUGGCGUCAAUGGUGCCAAGAAGCGUGUACAUUUUGCUGUGUCCAAGGAUGAGGAGCAGUCUUCAGUGGAUAUAGAAGUGGGCGUUGAAGUGGACGAGAGUCUAUUGGUGGAUGGCGGCGAACCGCCAAACGAACAGCAAUCAAUAAUAGUGGUAGGCGAUUUGGCAACAGUGUUUGAAGAAGAUUCAGCGGAAGUUGUGGAAGAGCAGUUAGAGACGGAAAAUCGAAACGGUUUGGUAGCUGUGUUGGAGAGGCCCGUAGUGGUAGACAUUAUCAGUUCAACGCAGGUGCAGCUGAAUGCCACAGAUAGUGCCAGUUGCAGCAGUGACAGCAACGACAGCAACGACGAUGACGGCGUGACGAUGCAGUGCAGUAGCGGCGCCAACAACACCAACGCCGACGCAAAUACCUAUAGCAACAGCAACAGCAACAGCGAAAACUGUGAUAUUGAAGUCAAGGUCAGCGAAUGCAUUGAACGCCAGCUUAGCUAGCCAACAUUCUCAAAACAAAUAUAAAAAGUAUGUGUUUGCAAGUUGUGUUCAACACAAUAAUCUACAAACAAGUCAACAACCAGGCGAAUAAAAUAGAUCUCCAUGGACUAGUGGCUGCAAACCUUUGGCAUUUUCCAAAGACUUAUCUUUCUACAUCAGUUUGCUGCUCGUUGCAGCUCAACAACUAAAUAAGUAAAUAGCCAGCAUUGUGUGUAAUUGUAUUAUUCUCGUUUCGCUUGAAAUAGGUUUAUCUAUUAAGUAUGUAUGUAAGUAAGUAAGCUUAAAAGUAGUAUGUAUGUAAUGCAUGGAUUACAUUUUAGAUUAAAUGAAAAAAUAAGAAAAUCACUGUGUGUCACUCACCGAUAAGUUUCCUCGCUGACAUUAAUGCAGCCUGGCACUCCUGUGGUCUCCGUGCGACUUGUCAGAUUCACCGUAUUGCCAAAGAGACAGUAGCGUGGCACGCGAUUACCGAUAACGCCGGUCACCACUUCGCCCGAGUGUAUGCCAAUUGUCACUUGCUGCGGAAAUGAUAAUGGAAAAAGUAAAAAAGCGAACAGAUUAAAAAUGCUGUCACGCGAAUUUACUAAUAUUCGAAUUGAAAAUGAUUUUUCUUAUCAUGAGCGAGAAUUUAGAUUACAUAAAUAUAUGUAUGUAUAUAAUAUAAGAAAAUAAUAAAUUUGAAUUAAGAUGUUAA